CGGACCUCCGCUAUAUCUUCUCCCACUUUGUCGUCUCGUUCUUCUUGCACGAACACCAUCCUCCCACCCCUCUUUCACCCUCUCUUCAAGCAUCAGAUACCUGCUUGAGAGGCUCAAAACUUCCUCGCCAACCACACUACGCUUCUUGGUUGGACGCUUCUUUCGGAAUAUCCCCAUUACACUCGAGGCCAGACCUCGUUGCCGUUGACGACCAUGUUCGUCUACAAGCGCGAUGGCCGCAAAGAGCGUGUUCAGUUCGACAAGAUCACAGCUCGUGUGUCGAGGCUCUGUUACGGCCUCGACCCUGAGCAUGUCGACUCCACAGCCAUCACCAUGAAGGUGAUCAAUGGCGUAUAUCAGGGUGUCACCACUAUUCAGCUUGACGACUUGGCGGCCGAGACAGCGGCAUACAUGACCACCACACACCCAGACUACGCCAUCCUCGCCGCACGUAUCGCCGUUUCCAACCUUCACAAGCAGACGAAAAAGCAGUUCUCUGCCGUGGUCUCGGACUUGUAUCACUAUGUCAACCCAAAGAACAAAAAGGCAUCGCCUAUGAUCUCAGACUACACAUACAAGGUCGUGAUGGAACACGCAGACGAGCUGAACUCUGCCAUUGUCUACGACAGAGAUUUCAACUACCAAUACUUUGGCUUCAAGACGCUGGAACGCUCAUACUUGCUCCGCAUUGACGGCAAAGUUGCUGAGAGACCACAGCACAUGAUCAUGCGUGUGGCUGUCGGAAUCCACGGCGAUGACAUCGAGGCCGCCAUUGAGACCUACAACUACAUGUCCAACAAAUACUUCACACACGCUUCGCCUACACUGUUCAGCGCUGGUACGCCGAAUGCACAGUUGGCUUCAUGCUUCUUGAUCGACAUGAAGGAUGACAGCAUUGAGGGCAUCUACGACACACUCAAGACUUGCGCCAUGAUCUCGAAGAAUGCUGGUGGCAUUGGCCUGAACUGCCACAAGAUCCGUGCUACUGGAUCAUACAUUGCAGGCACAAACGGCACAUCCAAUGGUCUCAUCCCGAUGUUGCGUGUCUACAAUAACACUGCCCGCUAUGUCGACCAAGGUGGCAACAAGCGUCCUGGUGCAUUCGCUAUCUACCUCGAGCCAUGGCACGCAGAUGUCAUUUCCUUCAUGGAUCUCCGCAAGAACCACGGAAAGGAAGAAGUGCGUGCACGUGAUCUGUUCUUCGCUCUUUGGAUCCCAGAUCUGUUCAUGAAGCGUGUCGAAGCCAACGCAGAAUGGACACUCAUGUGCCCCAACGAGUGCCCUGGUCUCGCUGAUGUGUACGGUGACGAGUUCGAGGAGCUGUACACCCGCUACGAGAGAGAAGGUCGUGGACGUGAGACUGUUCGCGCUCAGAAGGUCUGGUAUGCUAUCUUGGAAGCCCAGACUGAGACUGGUGGACCUUUCAUGCUCUACAAGGAUGCUGCCAACCGCAAGAGCAACCAGAAGAACCUCGGAACGAUCAAGAGUUCCAACUUGUGCACUGAGAUCAUCGAGUACACCGCACCAGACGAGGUCGCCGUGUGCAACCUUGCAUCUCUCGCUCUGCCAACCUACGUCGAUCUUGAGAACGAGCGUUUCGACUUCGAGAAGCUCCACGAGGUUGUGCAAGUCGUCACCAAGAACUUGAACAAGAUCAUUGAAGUCAACCACUACCCAGUGCCUGAGGCGAAGAAGAGCAACAUGCGCCACAGACCAAUCGGUCUCGGUGUCAGCGGUCUUGCUGAUGCUUUCCUCGCUCUACGCAUGCCUUUUGAGUCUCCAGAGGCCCGUCACCUGAACGUCCAGAUCUUCGAGACCAUCUACCACGCUGCGCUCACCGCAUCGUGCGACCUUGCCAGCAAGCUUGGUCCAUACGAGACAUACGAGGGCUCCCCGGUUUCGAAGGGCGAACUUCAGUACGAGAUGUGGGGCGUCACACCUUCAGACCUCUGGGACUGGGACGCGCUCAAGGCCAAGAUCGCUCAGCACGGUGUCCGCAACUCCCUCCUUGUCGCACCAAUGCCUACUGCCUCCACAUCGCAGAUCAUGGGCUUCAACGAGUGCUUCGAGCCAUACACCAGCAACAUCUACUCUCGCCGUGUCCUUGCUGGAGAGUUCCAAGUCGUCAACCCAUGGCUGCUGAAGGACCUUGUCGACCGUGGAUUGUGGUCUGAGAACAUGAAGAACCGCAUCAUCGCCGAUGGUGGUUCCGUGCAACGCAUUCCAAACAUUCCAGACGACCUCAAGGCUUUGUACAAGACUGUCUGGGAGAUCAGUCAGCGCAACAUUGUUCAGAUGGCCGCCGACCGCGGUGCCUUCAUCGAUCAGUCUCAAAGCUUGAACAUCCACUUGAAGGAGCCUACCAUGGGCAAGAUUACCAGCAUGCACUUCACUGGCUGGAAGCUUGGUCUCAAGACCGGCAUGUACUAUCUCCGUACACAAGCCGCGUCUGCUCCGAUUCAAUUCACUGUCGACCAAGAGAUGCUCAAGGUCGCAGACACGAACAUCUCCCGCACUGGUGGUGCCAAGAAGCGUAUCGGAACUGGUGCGUAUAAUGCAGUCAGUUCGCCGAAGCCUGCGGUGCCAAAGCCAAUGUACGAGAACAAGGAGCCACAAAAGUCGCCUAUCGCACCUGAAGACGUUGUCACCCCUGCUGCGACACCUCCACCAGAGAGCGAGCGACCUCAGCCAAAGAAGCGAACUUUCGGUCGCACAUCUUCUGCUGUUGUUAACCCACCUUUCCCUGCUGACCUCGACGAUGGAGACAGCCCAGAGACACUCGCCACCGAUGGUCUCGAUGCUGUUCCCAAGCAAGAGCAGCUUCCCGAGCCAGCAGUCAAGACUGAUGGUCAAGAAGAGGAGAAGAAGGAUCCUCGUGAGGGCGACAUCUACGCCGAGGCCGUGCUGGCUUGCAGCAUAGAAAACCCAGAAGCAUGCCUCAUGUGCAGUGGUUAGACGGGGACGAUUGUGGAUGUUACGACUCUUGUUGCAUUGUUUGUUCAUGGGAUGGCGCAUGAUGGAAUGACUGAUGGACUCUGAAUAUGGAUUGUUUGGGUGUUGUUUGUGAUCGCUGCCGCUAAUCGUUGGCAUGCUGUGCUGCUACUGUAUCAGGAUAUACAAUAAAUUAUGUUUACUGCAAAACCAUCUGCCAACUUCUCGAAGCUCUCGUUUGCUGAUCUUCGAUCUUUGCGGUUGCGCAGUCGAGGGAGACACA